CACCCUGCCACAAAAACUACUGCUGGUACUUCUUGCCAUUACCACCAUCAGUACUGGCUGACAUCAUUGGUUUGGUUUAUUUUAUUCUGUCAUUAAAACAACCUAUACAUAACACACCAAAUAUUUGUAAAAAAAAGAGAAAAGAAAACCCAAUACACAUCGUAAUACUGUUCAUUUAAAUGACCAUUUUAUUACCAAAUUAUUUAACAUCAGACAAGCUGACCUUUCACUUGUUUUCAGCGGUUUUUCUAAACAUAUUGCAACACAAUUUACAAUUGUCUCCUAUGAAUCUGGUGCAGCUUCUCUUACAUGUGUCUGUAAAUGUAAAAUAAAAAAGCAAUUGCAAAUCUGGAAAUAUUGUUGGAAAUGAAUCAGCACCGAGUUUGAAUGAAAAAGACUUUCAGCAUCACUGAAUUGAUGAAAGGAUGCACCCAGAGAAGUGACAUUGUGUGAUUAUGUUCAAGGAACAUGAAAAAUGAAAUGUUAUGAUUGCAUUAGCAGCACUUAAAAGAAUACUAGAGAUUUGACAAAAAAAUCUUAACUCAAAGUCCACUUACUUGAUUUUUUCCAGAGCCUUUAAUCACAUCUCAUGGUCUUCCUCAGCAGAUGAACUAUGGGACUUUACCUCGGUCACACGAUUACAGUUAAAAAUUGCAUACUUAGAUCACAUUAUGACAACUGAGCAAACUCCAUCUGCUGAUGAAGACUGUGAGAUGCUGUCGAAAGCUCCAUAAAAAGCUAGUAACUGGACCUUGACUUAAGUUUUUUUAUUUAAACUAUUUUUUCAAAGGUCGAAAGGAAUUGAAGAAUGAAUGCCAGAACUAGAAAUGUGCACCAAACUAUAUUUAAAAUGACUAUUAUGUCACAAAUACUCACAGAACAACAACUGUGGAACAUUGUAAUGCUAUUAAGCAAAAAUAAUAAUAAUAAUAAAUCCUCGUUUCACGCCAGUGUCCCUGGAACUUCACUCCACUCAAGUAACUAAAAAGGUUCGAUUUGUCAUCACUAAUUUGCUGUUGAUUCAGACUUCCUUAUACAGGAGAAUGUUCCUCUGUGAUACAACUGUUGUCAAGGACAUUUUGAAAAAUAACAAUUUUCUAGAGUCAAUUCAUGUUUGCAUCCCAAAUCAAGAAACACUGUCAUCCCUAUUGCUCAACAUCAACAUUCAUCACAUUCAGCUAACUAGCGAACAGGUAUGGAUCGGAAGGAACUUGUGUCUGGUAACCGGGAUCCAUUGCUGGAGUUUUCAGACACCAUGGCUGAUUGGUACCGCUGCCUCCAGACUGCAAGGGCAGAGCAGAGAAAUGUGAUGAGAAGUCCAUGUGGCAAACGCCCUCUAGACAGCUCCCCCUACUGGAUUGUACAUGUAAUGGACUGCUCCGGCCCUGUGCCGGUGGCGGGAAGGCUGAAGAGAGCAGGGACAUGCCUGUCUGAACUGAGGAAAUAUGAUGGGAAAAGUAUCCUGAUGGUUACGGAUGCAUCGGGGCUCCCCCUUGGUUUUGAUGUACUGAACCACCGGUGGUCCUCCUGCCUGUGUGGUACAGACCUUGCUGGAGGGGAGGGCUCAGGAGCCAUGAGGACUUUCUACAAGAUAGUUUUGCUGCUGCAGAGGUGCAUGGACGCCCCAAUGGGUGGUGGGAUGCCACGCCAACCCAAAAGACUGAGGGUCAAUGACAAGAUCCUCCACAGGCUGCUGCACCAUCACAUGCUCAGACAGGGAAACAAGAUCCUGGGCGUGGAGCUGUGGCCGCGGGCCCUCAGAAGCUGGGAGCCCCUAGACCAAGAAGGGCCUCUGGCUUUCAGCCUGCGCUGGCCUCCAAUACGCUACUGUAAUAUCUGUAAGAGACGCUCCUUCCCCAGUCGGCUACAGGAAUGCUCCCAGUGUAAGGCAGUCUUUUACUGCAAAGACAAGUGUUUCCCAGCAGAUGCCGAGCAUGAACACUGGUGUGCCAAACUGGCCAGUUAUAUGGCGCAUGAGGCCCAGCUUGCAGACCUGCCGUUCAGCUUUGCAGCAGAAGUCACAUCAGAGGACUUUAGUUUGGAAGACUUCCUCUUCAAAAACAAACUGGUUAGCAGCUACUGGGUGCACUGGAGCCUACUGGAGCGCUCUCCCCAACCUCACAUCGUCAACGCAAACGCCUACUGCAACUGGCUUAAAGGUCACAGCAAUGCCUAUGAGCCUCUGAGACAGGAAGCAGACCUGUUUAUGUUUGGUCCAGACCCCCACAGCCUUCCCCGCCUCAAGAAACCACUCGUGUCAUGGCAUCAGUACUACGAAUGGAGAGGCCUCAGUCUGUCCUCUGUAGUAGCUCCUCUACUCAGCUCUCCUCUCUCCAUCUACUACAUCAUCACUUCCCUGGUCCCAAAGCAUUUUCCAGAGAUGAACAUCCUGAAGAAACAUUCACUCAGGAUCCACAUCAUUGAGUCCUAUAGGGAGUCCCAUACUCUGUUGACCUUCUGGGAACUAUCAGUGCUUCUGCCUCAUGUGACCUUUGAACUGGUGUUCAUCGGUGAGCAGCUUCCCUCUUGGUGUGACAAAAGACAGCUCCUCAUACAGAAAAUGAAUGGCAGUGUGACCGUCACUGACUCCAGCCUGAUGCUACAUCAGAAAAAUGACAAGAGGAGCAUCAAAGUUAAAGUUUAUCGCAGCACCUACCACAAGCUACAAGAGCCUGAACCUGACCUGGUCAUCGGUUUCAAGCCUGCUUUCUUGCGUAAUGACUCUUGGUUCAGCACUCUUCCCAAACUUCAGUCUCUGAGGGUUCCUGCCUUCUUCUGUGACAUCAGUGAGCUGAGAUGUGAGAGCAGCCAGCAGGUGAUGAAUGAGGCCACCGGGGGCGCUGUCUCCUCACCAACCAUCAACCCCUUUCACUGCCCUUUGCGCAUCAACGGAGGAGACAACAGGCUUCCACGGUAUUCCAAUGGCUUUAUCUUCCAUCUCCUGUACAAGCCUUUAGCAAAUGUCCAGCACCCGGAAGUGGUCGUUAGCUCCAGUGUCCGGCCUGAUCAGCACACGCGAUCUUCCCUGGAGUCACCACACCUGACCUUCAGGGAGAGGAAGGCAGCCGCCCAGCGCCGCAGACACAAACAGGCAAAAAUGAAGAGAAAGAAAAUGUGCUACUGUCAUUAAAUAAAAAAAGAGAAGAUGUUCAUUGUU